AUGGGAGGGAAUAAGAGCGGGGUGAAAGACAGUGAAACGGGCAAAUUGAAUUCCCUGAGGACCUAUGUUUGGAGGUGUGAGUGUCAUGGACGGCCAAAAUACCGGCGGAUGGUGAAUGGAAGGGUAGUUACCUGCGUAGAGGAACCAAUUCUUAAGAGGAAGACGAAGAAGUGUAGUUGCCCUGUUAUGCUAUAUGGUGCUCGGACGAAAGAGAAUUUAUGGGUUGUGAAGAGUGUUGUUACUGAACAUUUGAACCACAUUCCCACUCCUACCAAGUCCAACCAUAUAUCCAUGUUCCGGGUCAGGAAAAUAACUCAAACAAUCCUGAAACAGAUUGAAAAUGAUAACGAUUCAGGUGCACAUGUGGCUCAGAUUUUCAAUAACUUAGCGGGAAGAAGGAAUGGUGUAGAGAAUAUUGGUUUUACGAAGAAAGACGUGCAUAAUAUUUUGAAUAGGAGGAUGCGAUUGAGGCUACGAGAUGGGGAUGCUGUUGCAAUGAUAAAUUAUUUAGAUAAAAUGACAAAGGAUAAUCAAAAAUUUUUCCAUCUCCACCGGCUUGAUAAAAUAGGGAAGUUGCAGGAUGUAAUGUGGGUUGAUGCUCGUAGCAGAGCCGCGUAUGAGUAUUUUGGGGAUGUCGUUUGUUUUAACUCCACGUACUUGACAAACAAGUAUGAGUUGCCAUUUUCGAACUUUGUUGGGGUGAAUCACCAUGGGCAAACAAUUUUGCUUGGAUGUGCAUUAGUGUCUCAUGAAACCGCGGAAAGGUUUGUUUGGCUAUUUAGGGCAUGGUUGUCUUGUAUGGGGGGUAAAGCUCCCGCUGCUAUUAUGACCGACCAGGAUGCGGCUAUGAGGAAGGAAAUUAGAAUAGCAAUGCCAAUGCCUAAAACCAGACAUCGUUGGUGUAUGUGGCAUAUUAUGCAGAAGUUCAGCCGAAAAUUGGGUUCGAUGACUGAUUUUCCCCAAAUAAAAGUUGCCCUACAGAAUGUCAUAUACAACAGUUUGACCCCUGUUGAAUUCGAAGAAGGUUGGGCUGAAGUGGUGGAAACUUUCAAGCUGAAGGAGGCUAAGGAAUGCUACAAGUGGCUAGUAGGUAUUGAUCAUGGUAUUUCAUAUAUGGCAUUGUCUUUGCGAGAAAUGUGGAUACCUGCAUAUGUGAAGCAUAUUUUUUGGGCGGGGAUGCAGACGACUCAGAGGGUUGAGAGUAUUAACAGUUUCUUCGACGGGUACUUGAAGAAGAAUACGAGAUUAUAUCAGUUUUCUCCUAGGUACUGCAAGGCCAUGGAAAGUAGGGCCAAUGAUGAAAAAUCUGCUGAUGUGAACUGCUGUCGUUUUACUCGGUCUUUGGUUGGAGAGUUUGCUGUGGAGAGGAAGUUCUAG